AUGGAAUCCUCUCAGCCUCCAUUUCCACAAUUACCAUCUCUCUCAGAACUUGAGUCACGGAUGCAAGUAAUGCGCGUUUCUGCUCUCGAAGAAAACCAAACCGGUGAAACAUUCUCUCAGCGUCCUCUUCUUCUCUCACUUUGUCAAGAUCUCUUUGAUGGUUACGUCACUCUCUUGGACCGUUUCAAUCACUCAAAACCACAAAACAGUAAACCUACUUCUCACGACAAUGAUUCGGAUACCGACAUUAGCUCCGAGGUGUCUUUUCAACAGACGCAAGUUACUACUUCUCAACAUUCUGAUAUUGAUGAGUUAGUCUCAAAGCUUGUGACUGCAAAUCUAGAGAACGAUAUCGCGCAGCACGAGUUACAUCGUAGAGAACAUAAGUUUCAACAAGCUUCUAAAACUAUUGAGUUACUAAAGAAGCUUGUAAUGUUGCUUGAUAUGGAGAAAGAAGUAGCUGUAGAAGAAACCGCAAAUCUUGGUUACAAACUUGCUUCUCUUUUGGAAGAGAACCGAGAGCUCGCCAUAGAAGCGCGCUUCAUGAAAAACGAAGCGCUUAGGCUUGCUAGAUGUGUGCUUAAGAUGAGAGAGGAACAUUUUCACAAGGUUUGUCUUCUCGAGCACCAAAUCUACUCGAUGCAGUCAUCGAGAGAGUCUGGUUAUGAAAGUAGACUUAAUACUAUCAAUCCGUUUACCAAAUGCAACCUUAGCCAAUCCUCUGCCCCGCUACAUCGCGCUACACUCUAA